AUGUCUACACCUGCCAAUACCUGGUCCAGCGGUCGACAGCCAGGUCUUUAUAUUGACACCAGCAUUAUUCAGACACUCAAUGCGAGUGGCGAAACGUCAUUAUCGCCAAACAGUCGACUACCCAAUGACAUUGUUCCCUCUUUCCUCGUAUCCGAAUCACCUUCAGCCUCCGAGAAACGUCCCGUCUCUCCACUCACAAAAUCUUUCAAAGGGCCACCAACAGGCUCACAUAAGGAAGGACAUAGCAGGAGAGCCGAGGUAAGAAAGUUACUUGGGCAUGUAUUGAACCAAUUGAGCCAUCGAACGAUGCCGCCUACUGUCUACGACACUUUCGACGUGUAUGGGAAUGGAAAAAGUUCAGCAGUUGGUGAUUUUGUGAAGAGCACCAUUAAAGGAGGAGGAAAUUUUAGGUCUACCGAGCAUGUACUCGAGGACGAGGAUGGCACAGACGUGUUUUCUACAGAUGAGACGUUUGAACUCAUGGUCCAACUCAGAGACGUUUUGACUAUGGCUCGAGCGCAAGGUUGGAAAAUGUUUGAUGACGGCGCUCCUGAGGACCGUGAAAGAUAUCGAGAAUCAGGCGCUAGAUCGUCUUCCCCGUUUCGUCGCUCCUUGAGCAGUCUCCAGCCCAUUGGAAGACGUUCCAGGUCACCUUCGCCCGCUUUUGGAAAGCAAGACAGAGACCCAGGGCUUCUAGCAAAGUGUAUAUCUAUCUUAUCCUCGAUAGUGCUGGAAGAUUGCCGAUUCAAAGUGGCAUCACCUAGGCCCACUCGCCCUCCAAAUGCCUUGCAGGCCAUGACGUUGGAAGUGGCUAGAUUCCUUCUCUAUACCCAUCGCCAUAGCCCGAGCACUAUCUCUGAUAUAGCAUUUGCUCUUAUUCCUGCUUUCGCCACUUUCCCUUAUGAAAUUUGUGGGCGUCUAUUGGCUUUCUUCGAAGAAUGUGUGGUUCGGAACGCGCUGGCUGAACUGAGAUUAUUUCAAGGAUUAGAUAGCAAUUCGCUAGUUGAAGAAAUGAGUGAAAAAAUGGACAGGAUGGCACCCGGUGCCAUAUCUAUUCAAGUAGAUGAAGCGCCAGACGAAGGUAGCUCUGGGACUGAUUCAAGUUGGGCGCAGUGGUCAACAGUAUUGUCGACGACACUGGCCCUCAGAUCGUCCAAUGCACCAAUGCAACAGCGGAUUUCACAUCUCCUGUCCUCCUUUGUUAAACCUCUUCUCGCGGCGGCUUUGGAGCGGUUUGAGAUGACAACGGAACCACACAGUCGUGGGGAUGUCACAUACCGUCUUCACCGACUCGUUACAGUGAUCGUGGACCUUAAAUUUGAUGCAUAUUUGGAUAUCUUGGAAGUGUUGGCAUACCACACCUCGAACGCAAAAAGACCAGCCGCCCAUCUUCUUGCCACAUUCUGGCCGAAAGCGAUUGGCCAUGUCGCUAUCAGUAGACCUCCAGUGGGGCCGAUUGCAGAGAUCACAAAUGGUCGACUAUUUCAGCACUCAUCACAGUCCCAUCAAUUUGUCCCCUGGCGAUUUGGAUGUAAUCGUUCCUCGACGCCCACAUCCGCACAGGAGCACAAAUGUAACAUCUGCACUCAUGAUAUUGAAGGAUUCGGGCUAUUUUGUUCUCUCUGCAUGUGUUCGGUACAUCUUGGCUGUUACAAAUUCCCGGAAGGAAAUUUGUUCCUAAAUCAUUCGUCGAAGUCGAGUCAGAAAACGAAAAGGGCCACUCUCUAUCGAUUCUCAACGAUACCCUGUCGCGAAUCUCGCGAAAGAAGGAGGGACAAACAUUGCUUGAAACCCGUCAAUCUGUUCACACUCACCGUCUGUUCUGUCUGUCGAGAACCGUUAUGGGGAUGUCGUGCACAAGGUGUUCAUUGCAUAAAUUGUCUGCAAUUCGUCCACGCCUCCUGCACGACGAGUUCGAGUUUCACCGUGUGUGAAGUGACGUCGGGAUCUGACUCCCCAACUUCUGUCAAUAUUUCGUGGUCUUCCUUGAGGCAGACGUGCAUGAAAUUUUAUGCAGAUGCAUUGUCCUUGAAUCCAGGUGGCCUCCGACUGAAAUCAUUUGAGGAUAUCUCGUCCAUCUCUGGGACGUUGUGGACCCAAGUACAACUACUGGAGAACGGUGUCACCCAUGGCACACUCGUCGUAGACGGUGCUGCACCACGGUCUACCGAUUACACUACUCAAGAAUUUGAACUUCACCAUGUUUUAUUUUGGUGUACAGAGUUAAUCUCCUCUGGAACUCUAGCUCCCUCACCAGGGACGAUGGACUAUGUCCAGUACAACUCCAUCCAACGUCAAGAUGAUUCCUUGUUUUUCGAUUGGUCGUAUCUUAUCUUCGUCUCAGCCGCCAUCAAAAUGCCAUUGGAACCUACCGGCAACGCCAGCGGUGGGCUCCUGCCCGUCGCGUCGCCGGUAGAUUCUGGUAGCGUUGAACCGCGCGGGGAGGAUGUGACACAUCCCUUCGAAAUAGCACCACUUUCCCAUUUGAGGGACGUGCUUGGUCGUGAAUUCUACUUCCACUGUGAUAUCGCUGCCAUAUUCAUGCUCUCCCACCUCCAUCAUAUGGGUUUUAUUGAAAGGCUCGAUUCAGAACCAUUGUUGUUCGAAGACGGCAACAAACACACGUUGUGCACAUUUCCACUACCUCUCGGGCUUGACGUCUCUUCCGAUGUGGAAACCCUGUUUGCAGCUGUGGAAGCUAGUCUUUCGGAUUUGGACCUAUUUGUGAACGAAGUUGGGUGGUUACUACUCAACAGAAGGCUCUGGCCGUCAGGAUCAGCUUCUGAAUAUGCACUGGGCCGGCUCAUGAGGAGCAUUCUGAUGUGGAUUCUUGCAGAGGAUGAAGAUCUAGCUACGAUACUUCGAGACUAUCUCGCUAAACAACUCCCGCUUCCUGGCGUUCGAUCCAUCAAUGACCCCGCCCCCUGGCCCCCAGUCCACGGUACCCGCCAUGCGCCCUCGGCUUCCGUGAACAAUGGCGGUGAUUAUGUCGCAUCCCGGCGUGCAUUAGUCAAUAGAUAUGCUAUUCCAUGGCUAGCUGCGUUACACAACCAAGAUUCCGACAAGUAUGCUGCAAUCCUGUACGAUAUAUGCAAUGAGGUCGUCGAUAACACUUCCCAAUUCACCUGGGAGACUCUCCAGCACCCCGAAAAGGAUCCUGAUAAAUAUGAGAAGAUCCUGCGCCUCAUGUUGAGGGUGUCUCAUAACUCAAUCAUGUUCAGUGCUUCAGAGGCCCUCUUUGUUCGAUGGUUGCGCGAUAUGGGUUCCUCGCGUGGCACGCCUCCAUCUUUACCCUCCUUGACUCGUAUCUUCCAACGUGAACCAGAUUCCUCUCAACGGUACAGCAUUCUGGAUGGUAGCGUCCUACUCUCUGAUGCUCUACGUUUUGAACCUUGGAGCCUCGUCGCAGAUACGGCUUCCGAAUCCGGUGAAGGUCUACAGAUAAGUUUACAGUGGUUGCGAAUAUUUGCAUCCUCUGGGAUCAGCAUUCCCUAUAUCACGCUUGAGCAGAUGGUGAACCUCGUAGGACAAUCAGAAGAUGCUGCUCUCGAUUUCACUCAUAUACUGUUGUUGACUGCUUGGCAAAGAUCCCCCGACCGAGAAAGAGUUCAGAAAUUGGUCGCCACUUUACAUUCGCGAAUGCACGUAUCCUUCAUAAAAUCGUUACAGAAACGGGUAGAACCCACACAAAGCAUCACAAUUCUUAAGCGAUCACUGGCCGUAUGUCUUUUGCUGUAUGGUUGUGAUCGAGAAAAAAUUGUCGCCAGCGGCCUCAUCUCGGAGGGUGAGAUGAAAGAUCUACCAUCCAGAAGGAAAUCUUCGUAUCAAGUUCCAGCAAUGGUGGAUCCUAUCGUGAUCGAUCCUUCUUUGAUGGUUAUCCUCGAAGCCUAUAUGUCUGCCAACAACGAUACUAUCUCCUGUAUCAUUGGCAGAUUCCUGAAUUGCUUUUUGAUGGAUUCGCCAUAUUUGGAGGCACAUGAAGUUGACAACUUUAUUUUACGAAACGGACGCAUGUUGUGCAAUAGUGCUUUUCUGUUUUAUGGCAUCCAACGACAAGAGUUAUUUGCGCUGAGGUUUGGAUUCCUUUUAAGGGUUGUCGUUGUCGACACACAGCCUUUCAGGGAGCUACUCGAAAACCUGUUCGGGUCAGAAGGCGAUUGGGAAUUCAGACUGGCAGCCGUGAGAAAGCUUUUUCGUCUUAUACUAGACAUCAAGGUGCCUGCUCAAACGGUGGAGGGUCGGCAGUGGAGAUCAAGCAUCACCGACGUGUUCUACUUUUUUUUUGGGUCUCUUUGGCGCGAUGAAAAGCAAGAAAUUCGUGUCGCUGUCGAGAUCCUUUGUUCUACAUUACUCCCUAGCCAUUUCGAAGAAAUUUCAUUAUGUUGGACUGAGCUUUUCGCUACCUCUCCGGUCGAGGAACGGUUGAAGCUCGCCGCGUUUCUUGUUCAGUUACGUUCUCAGUUCCCAUCGUGGCAAGUGCUAUCUUGGAAUGUCAUCCUCGAAAUCCUCGCAGAGGAUCAUUUUGACCAAGAAGCCAGUAAUAAGCGAGACGGUGCUUUGUCUUCCCAUCUGUCCAUGUAUGGGCUGACAGCCACAGAGGAGGAUGGCAACUCCUUGUCGCCUCAAGGCAUGAAUAACGAGAUGACUAGCCUCCGUGUCUCCAUCUUGUUAUUGAGCCUUGACAUGGUCGCCAACGGAAUCCUCGUAGAUCACAAUGAUCUUCUGAGAAUCAAGUUGCAUGUGGCGCGCGUGUUCGGUUUCGAUGACGUUCACGCUGUUCCAGCACCAAAUGGUCUUACGUUCUUGGUGAAGUUUGGGAAGCUCGUUUCCGUUCCCCAAUACGCCAUACCAUGCAUAAGUCAACUCCUUCCACUGUUAGAUUCUCCUCAUCCCGCCCCACUGAUAUCUAUCGAGCCGCCUCGGGGUAAUACCACUCCCCUUCUCGUCGGAGCAGUAUUCAUCGAUGUACUGCUCGGCCUUUUCUCGUCUGCGAAAGAAAUCACGUCCCUUCCCAUCUUGUCCGUCAAGAGCUUGCUCGAAAGCCUCAGUGUAGUCAUUUACAAGCAUAACUUCGAAAACAUCUACAUCCGACAUCUACAACCUUCCCUUAAACAAGCUGUGACUCUCACCUUGGAGUUGAUGCUAGAAGACAUCAACUACGAAUGUCGCCAGCUAGCAUUAUAUGUAACUCAGGCAUAUAUCCGGAAAUUCCACGGCACUAUGCGCUCCCUCAUACACUAUGCCCUUGAGCAAGUAGCAAAGCUUGUCAUUUCCCAGAGUCAUACCACGCAAGAUCCAUUCUUGGACCAAGCCAGAUCCUUCCUCGAAAACACCUUGCAGACAUAUUCUAGUAAUGGCAUAUUCGUCGGACUCAUACGAAGGAAACUCGACCGAGGCAUCUUCGUCGUUUUAAAGCAGGUCCUGGACGCCAAUGCAAAGGAGAAGCACGGGGGAGAAAGCCUACGAGAAUAUCUACUGAGAGACACUCUUCCACGAGCUGUUGAAAGCGAUCGUCACGUUUUUCAAGAUGUGUUGAACAACCUCCAGACUUAUGUGGAGGAUGUACACCACCAGAAUUACAGCAAGGAGUUCAUGAUGUUCGUCGGGCAGCAUCUGACGCUCUUGGCUCGACGCAUUUCUGAGUGGACGCCAGACUUUGUCAGUCCUGGCCCUUUGCUCAACAUUGCAGCUAUCCUCAUGCAACACAACAAGGCACAGUCUCGGGAAAUGUUGUCAUACACCGAAACUGUCCUUAGGGUGGCGCUUACUAGAUUGACCGUCGACACGCCGACGCUCUCGCGACUCGUUCACGUCACUUCGGCCUUAUACAAGCGAUCCGACCAACAGGGCACAAAUAUCAUAAUUAUGGUGCUAUUUGAGAUUCUGAGUGAUGGUCUUCGAAUGAAGUCCCGCGUACUCUCAGAAACAAUCGGUGCACUCGCACAAACAAUAAUGACAACCCACGCUGCGGGGGUACCGUUAACAAGAUGCUAUAAUAAUCUCUUCGUCGGAUUAGCUGGGCCUGGCCUUCAUUUCCUUUUCAAUCACCCAUGGGGUGAUACACGGUCGGAGAAAGACUUGAAGGUCUCACUUGUGGUAGCGAAGAUGGUGUUCGCGACGGUAAGUGAAUCAGACAUGAUCGCUGUGAUGGCCGAACAAGGAAAUGAGAAAUUGGGACGGCAAAGUAUGAGUAUGCGAGGAUGGAAUGUUCUCGUUCUCGCUAUGCUCAUGGAGGGUUCAGAGUCUUGGUGGGAUCUCAUGUUCUCGCAGCUUGGAGCAUUGUCUGUUGCCCAUCACGCAGCCUUAAAAAGCUAUACACACCCCAAUGGCACCAUAACUGAGUCUGCCAUCCCCGAUAUCAAUCAUGCCUAUAUAGCGAUCAAAUUGUGGCUCAUGCUUGCACAGAAGAAAUCCACAAGAAUUGGCGCAGGCGAUGAUUUCGCAUUGAAGGUCUGGGAACAUCUUUGGCCCCCAUUCGAGGCACUGUUGUCCGCGUUUGCACCGGAGGUACAAGCAGGACUGCCUAUGACUUUAGCUCUACUGGUGUGGUCAACGGUUGCAGACCUAUUCGUGUUUGUGCGGAAUUUACGGAGUUCAGUCACACUGCAUACAUCCUCUCAACUCUUGAUUUUGGAAGGCCUGAAGUCCCUCGGCACUGGGAGCGAUGCGCAGGUAGGCAAGCUCUCGCGAGCAAUUCGAAGCUUGAAUGAACCUCCAUCAUAUCUUUCGAACGAAGCUAUGAUAGACCAAGUAGCAAAAGACAUCAUUGCGACUGAGAAGCUUCGAGAAUUAGACGUUCUGAGUAGGGAAGCAGCGAAAAUGAUUCCGGAACGUAGAGGGAUACGACAGGAAUAUUCCCAAGGUCCUAAUUAGAACGAGCUGAGGUCCGCCAUGUGUACAAUUAAAAUAAUUGAGAAUAAUGCAAGGAUUAUGGAAGGGAGUGAGGCUCUUGCACUAUGCAGUUCUGAGCCUGGCUUUUUGCGCUUGUUUUCGUUUCUCUUUCAUGAUAGUCGAGCCGACGAAGAAUCCAAUGGCUGACAUGCCAAUGACGAGAACGAACGCAGGCAAUCUCACAGCCCAUUCGCGUGGUGGAAAGAAAUCAUAAAUUUGACUCGAUGGAUCAAAGAAAGGC